AUGUCGCGCUACGACACUGUCCGGCGCGGGGUCGACCCAUCCAACGCGCGAGAUUCGGCGGACUUACGGUGGUCCGGGGAUACGGAGUUCCUCCACACGCAUACACACUUAAAAAAAUCGACACGCCUACGGAAAGGCUCCUCUGCCUCUGCCUCUCCACAAGUUCAAAAAGCCCCACCCGGUCAUCAUCUCUUUUUCUCUCGCUCCACAAUCGAAGUCGUGCUCGAACGACAUCUCCUUCUCCUUCAAAUUCUCCCGUGCGCCUUCGAUUCUCCCCGAUCGCUCCACCGGCGCCGUACAUCUCCGACCUUCCGUACCGAUUUCGAUCCCCGUCUCCCCGGUUUCUCGAAUCGGUUUCCUGAUGGCGGACGUCGGCGAGCAAGUGACCAAGAUCGACGGCGACGAGGCGGUCCGCGAGGAGCCGCAGCAGGAGGGCCCCGCGUCCGCCGCCGUCGACGGGGCCGCCCCCGUCGCGCCCGAUGGCCUCGGCGCCGCCGGCGAUGGCGAUGGCGAUGGCGGCGGCGGCGGCGAUGGCUCCGGGCGGUCGCGGGAGGGGGCGAUGGGGACGCGGCGGAGGAGGCGGCGGCGGCGGCCGCGGCGGCGCAGGAGCCGCCGCAGCCGCAGGCGAAUCAGCCGUCCGCCAGCAGGACUCCGUUCACCGUCUUGAGUCAGGUCGAUGCCGACUUUGCUCUCGCCCGUAGGCUGCAGGAGCAGGAAAGGGCCUACAUGAUGCUUAGAUUUAAUAAUGACGGCAGUGAUUAUGGAAGUUGGGAAGGUGGGAGCUACAUACCAGACGAGGAUGAUGAUUUUGAGGAUCUUGAUGAUGAAACUGAUGACGAGGACGAUGAGGUUGAGGGCUCGCCUGAUGGCACUGAUCUGGAUGCUGGAGAUGCCUUCGAUGUGCAUGCUGCUGAAGAUGCUCAUGGAGGUAGCAACCAAGCUGUUGAACUUGAGCCAGAAAACUUCUCGAGUGAUGAGGCUUAUGCCCGAGCUUUACAGGAUGCUGAGGAGAGAGAAAUGGCAGCUCGAAUGCUGGCCCUUGCUGGGCUAAAUGAUCGGCUUGGUGAGGAAGAAGAAGAAGAAGAUGAUGAAGAAGAGGAUCAUCAUGAUAAUCAUCAGGGCGUGUGGGAGGAUGUUGAUGAGCUCUUAUAUGAAGAGUUGCUGGCCCUAGGUGAGGUGGUUGGAACUGAGAGUAGAGGGCUUUCAGCUGACACAAUUGCUUCUCUGUCUUCUGUUAGCUAUAAGACAGGCAGCAGUCAGCAUGGCACCAAUGAUUCGUGUGUCAUUUGCCGGUUGGAUUAUGAGGAUGGUGAGAAGCUAACUGUGCUAUCUUGCAAACAUUCAUACCAUUCAGACUGCAUAAAUAAUUGGCUGCAAAUAAACAAGGUCUGUCCUGUUUGCAGUGCCGAAGUCUCUGGAUCUCCGAACAGUUAGUGAAGUAUUGUCGCGGCUACAUGCUAUAGCUCAAAUAAUAGACGUAGGAGUUAAGUUCUUUACAAUGGCUAGCGACGCGAUUCAUACUCAUGCUCCUUCUGCGAGAAAGAUUACAUUGUCUUUGUAUCCUUCUGAUCCGUGGCAUGGACUUGAUCGUUCUCUUCUGGUUAUAUUAUAGUGUAUGAAACGAUAUGAAGUUCUUUCUUCCUUC